UGCUUCAAAUUUUAAUUCUUCAAAAAGAACACUUAAAUAUCAUUCAUCUGAACAUAUUGGAUAUCAAGAAGCUAAUGAUAAUCUCUCCUCACAUCCAUUAUUAAAUCUUCCUAAUCCUUUUCCAACUACGACAACACGAAAAGAAAUUUUCAUAUUUAAUCAUGGUGCUUCUGGUAUACCAAAACAUACUGAUAAAACUAUUUCGACUGUAUGUGAUGGAGAAUGGUAUAGUAUUGAUUGUGGCGAAGAUAGUUUCUUCAGGCGUCAUGAUUCUUUAGGCGUAGCUGAUGGUGUUGGCGGCUGGCGUAACGUUGCACCAUCCCCUAGUGCUGUUGCUAAUUCUGCUCUUUAUUCUCGAAAAUUGAUGCACUAUGCGUAUGCGGAGCUUGAAAAAUAUGAUAACAUUGAUGAUGUGAAUCCCGUAGAUAUUUUGCAAGCAAGCUAUGAACAAAGUAUGCGCGAUUGCACCUUGGAGAGCAUAAUUGGUUCUUCAACAGCUUUAAUCGCGAUUUUACGAAAUGAUGAGCUUCGGAUUGCAAAUCUUGGGGAUUGUGGUAUUUGUAUUAUUCGUCAUAACAGUUUCAUUUUUAGAAAUGAGGAACAACAACAUUCAUUUAAUUACCCAUACCAAUUGGGUAGUGCUUCUAAUGAUACUCCUAAAGAUUCACAAACAUUUACGGUUAAAAUUCAAUGUGGCGACAUUGUAGUUAUGGGUUCUGAUGGUAUCUUUGAUAAUUUGUUUGAUGAAGAUAUAUUAGAUGAAAUUAUCCCAUUUAGUUGUCCAAAACGGGGUUUGCAGGUUGAACCUCAAAUAAUUAGUGAUGCACUCGUUUGGCGUGCUAAAACUGUAAGUGAAGACCUCCAUACUACAAGUCCAUUCCAAAGCAGGGCAUUGUGUGAAGGUUUAUAUCAUCAAGGUGGAAAAAAAGAUGAUAUUAGCUGUUUGGUUGGAGUUGUGACUCCAAAAAAAUGA